AUGCGGGCGCUGUGUGGCCUGCUCUAUGUGCUGCGUGUGCAAAGCACACAAAGCAGUCUGGUUUUGGCAGAUGCGCUCUGUGACGGUGCCUCAGGGUGCUCGGGGAAUAUCACAGACGAGGCAGUCUUGAUUCAAGCCCGAACGAAGCGCUCGGCUUCGGCAGGACUCUCAGCGCUGGAGGUCAUGGGAAAGGCUGAGACACACCUCUCCGACACGCAAGUAAGGUUCACCAACGCGACGUCGCUAUAUGGCUCUUACUGCUAUGAUGCACACCAUGGCACCACUGCUGCCUACGCCACAUACCAAGAUGUCGCAAGCCGAGAGGUGUGCCAGCAGAUUUGCGCGGCAGAUGCGAGCUGCAACUUCUACGGUUGGCACGGUAGCUCGGUCAGUUUGGAGGCCCCAAGCCGCUGCUACAACUGCGCUCUCUACCAGACAUGCGAGUUCCAGCGCGAGUCGGUGUGCAAGGACAUCACACCACCCUCCAACUUCCAGAAGAAUCCCAACGACACAGCUGCCCACAAAGUUGAGAAGAAGUAUACCGCCGACUUCCAGCUGAACGGCCAGUUCUGCCAGCGGAGCCAGGUGUUUGCCGCACAGGUCGCGAACGAGAGUAUCUGCCGCAGUUUCUGCGAAAGCAUUGACGACUGCAAGGUCAUGGCCUUCUACAUGGACGACCGUGUGCGCGAGGAUGCGGCGCCAGACUCCUGCGACCAGAACUGCCGUCUCUACGCCGAGUGUGACAGUCCUGUACCGUCACUGUGCUUCCACCCUCCGGUCCUGUGGAGGGUUGAUCCGGUGGUGACCACCACCACAACCACAACGGCCGCCCCCGUGCCCGCGGACUAUGGUUGGGAAGAUCUGACCACCACCUUCCAACCGGCUCCCCCAAACCGUCAGUUCGCAGCUUAUGCCCGUGCUCCGGAUGCUGGUUCACCCGUCGUCAUGUACGGAGGGACGAGAGGUGGAGACGACGUUUUGGAGGAUGUUUGGCUCUGCGAUUUGGCUGGGUCCUGGACAGAAGUAACGCCUGCGCAGUCGGGCCCAGGACCACGAUCAAGCGCCCAAAUGAUUUGGUCAGUGCCCGACUCUGGUUUUCUGGUGUUCGGAGGAAUAAGAAACAGGGCCAUGUCGGCGACAGACCUGUGGCUCUUGCAGGACAGUGGGGCAGGUUGGCAGUGGUCAUCGAUCGCCCCGACCGGCCCGGUGCCCCCGGCCAUGAUCGACCACAGAGCUGUGGCAGCCAAACAGAAUGGCCAGCAUGUUAUGGUGAUCUAUGGAGGCUAUCCUUCAUCCGGCAAUCAGUUGCACACCUUGGACCUGGCCACCCGAGUGUGGGUUCGAGAGGCAGAUGUUCAAGGAGACCCCCGUCAAAUGCCGACGAUGGUGUGGAUUGAGGAGUUGGACAAGGUGCUGGUGUUUGGUGGAAGAGGUUACCAAUGGAACAAUGAUCUCCGGACAUACAGCCCAUCAGACGGCCAGUGGACCGAGCUCUCGCCCACAGGUGCACCACCUUCUGGUCGCUUUGGGUCUGUGGCAGUUUGGACUGGAGAUCAGAUGAUCGUCCACGGCGGCUUCGACAACUACGUCGGACCACUCGGGAGGACCUGGCACUGGGUCAAUGGACUUGACGGAGGCAAUGGUACGUGGCUCUACAACGAUAACCCGACCCAGCCGCAAGAGGCAAAGAACAGCAACGGCGCUGUGUGGGAUCCGACGUUGAAGCAGAUGUUCAUUUUAGAAAUGGAGACUGGGGCGCCCAAAGUCUGGGCUUACGGCAUCAUGUGA